UGAUUACCACGUGUGUGCUGCAUCUAUAUAAUCUCAUCACAUAUGUUGCCCCAUUUCCUCAUCUUUCUCUCAAAAUUUUAACGCAAAACAAACUACUUCCUCUAUCUCUUAAAUCAGCUCUUCCGGUGAUCUCAGUUUCUGUAUCUUCAUCCAUCAUGUAAGCUUUUUAUCUUAUUACAAUUUCUGGGUUUGUAACCUUUUUCAUGCUCUUCUGUGCUCAUGUUCUACUUUUUUUUUUUUGGGGGAGGUGAGCAGAAAGGGGGAAGUUCUUUAACCUUGUCUAAUGGCGGAAGCAAAAGGAAUACAAGGCAAGGCUGAUCAAAUCAACUUUUUAUUUGAAGACAAUAAACCAAUUCGUAGUUUUCAAAGAUUUUCAUCAGAAAAACUUACAUCGGAACAAACCCAAUUUCCCGAUCCAGAACCAAAGGUGAAUCUCAGGCUAUCGCUGGGUGGGAUUUACGGUAGUGGAAAUUACAGCAAACUAAACCCUUUAACUAGAUCAUCUUCCAUAGCGGGAGAAGUGGUAAAUCAUAAGAGGAAUUUUACAGAACAGUUGGAAAACACGUUGCCGAAGAGUUAUCUUUCAUUGGCAAGGUCUUGUUCAUUGCCUGCACAAGUGGAAAGCAGUAAAAGGAUAGUGAAUGUAAAGGAAUUAAGGAUGAUGAAGAGAGUUGAAGCGAAGAAAAGAGCUGUGGAGAAGCAGAGGAAUGGCAUGAAAGGGAGUGAGAAAGACAAGUUGUUAGUGGCGGGGGCGGCGCCUACUGAGUUUCCUGCUUGGCUAGCGGCUUCUACUGCUAAAUCUCCUGCACUAAAUAGAGCCAUCGAUAAGAUAAAGGAAGGUUUUAGAAAAUUAGAAGGAGUAGAAGGGUGGACUGCACCAUCAUCCUCCUCUAACCCAAUAAAGUCCGUACCGGAGAUGCCUUCCCAAAUAACGGAAUCUGAGAAUCCGGCCAAGAAGCCUAAACUUUCCCGUGGUUGGAUUCAAGAUAAAGAGAUGAAAAAAAUGCCAAGCGUAACCACCACCGGAGAUGGCCCAAAUGGGAGGAAAAUACAAGGGUUUCUUUACAAAUACACCAAAGGACAGGUGUGUAUAGUAUGUGUUUGCCACGGAAACUUCCUUUCGCCGGAAGAAUUCGUGAGGCACGCCGGUGCUAAGGAUGUUACCAACCCCAUGAAGCAUAUCAAUGUUUGCUCAACCUUCUUUUCCUAUUAAGAUCCACACCGGAUUUAGAAUUGUAGAAACUGGAAAAUGUUGUGAGCUCAAAAGAGUUGAAACCUCCGUAAAUCGAUGGUUAUUUAAAUCCUUUUUUGUCACCCCACUUUUAACAUUGGUACAGAAAAAUAUAGGAACUUUACAUUUUCCAGUAAGUAGCAUACCUUUCUUUCACAACUAUGAAGCAAGAAAUAUAUGUACUGUGCAAUUUAAGGGAUUUUUAAUAAUCAAAAGAAAAACAAUUACCUAA